AUGGCCAUCACCAGCACCCUCUACAGGAGCCUGUUCUCCACCAACUACCUUAUGCUCGCGACCGUCUUCACUGCCGGCUUCGCCUGGGAGGUGGGCUUCAACAACGUCAUGGACAAGGUUUGGGACAACCACAACCGAGGCCGACAAUGGAAGGACAUCCGACACAAGUUCAUCGAGGGCGGCGACGAGGAUGAGGAAUAA